CCUUUCUCAUAUUCAAUAUUACUGUUUAUCAGUCCCGCAGCACAAUAUUUCAGCUUCCGUAAUUUUUCACAAAGAAAUGGCAGUUGCCGAAGUGCAAAGAAACUUGCCUCCAGAAGCACGUCACCUGAAGCUGAAUGGCCAUGUCGGGUUUGACAGUCUCCCAGACCAGCUGGUCAACAGGUCCGUGUCACAGGGAUUCUGCUUCAAUAUCCUCUGUCUAGGAGAGACAGGCAUUGGCAAGUCCACACUGAUGGACACACUGUUCAAUACUCAUUUUGACUCCACUCCCAGCAAGCAUGAUCUGCCUGGGGUUAAACUCAAGUCUAAUACUUAUGAACUGAAGGAGAGUAACGUGAGGCUGAAGCUGACCAAUGUGGACACUGUUGGCUUUGGUGACCAGAUCAACAAGGAGGACACAUUCAAGCCAAUAGUGGAUUACAUCAAUUCUCAAUUUGAGGCUUACCUCCAGGAGGAGCUGAAAAUCAAGAGGUCCCUGCAUUCCUACCACGACACCAGAAUCCAUGCCUGCCUCUACUUUAUAGCUCCUACAGGACACUCCCUGAAAGCCCUGGAUCUAGUCACCAUGAAGAAGCUGGACAGUAAGGUGAACAUCAUUCCUAUCAUAGCCAAGGCUGACACAAUCACCAAGAGUGAGUUGCAGAAGUUCAAAGCCAAGCUGAUGAGUGAGCUGAUGAGCAAUGGGGUUCAGAUCUACCAGUUUCCCACUGAUGACGAAACGGUGGCAGAGCUCAACUCUUCCAUGAAUGCACAUCUUCCCUUUGCUGUUGUUGGUAGCACAGAUGAGGUCAAAGUUGGGAACAAGAUGGUGAAGGCAAGGCAAUACCCCUGGGGCACUGUGCAGGUGGAGAAUGAGAACCACUGUGAUUUCGUGAAGUUGAGAGAGAUGUUGAUUCGUACAAACAUGCAAGACAUGGUGGAGCAGACGCACAGCCGCCAUUAUGAACUGUUCCGGCGCUGUCGACUGGAGCAAAUGGGAUUUACAGAUAGCGAGAGCAGGAGCUUAAAGGAAACCUACGAGCUGAAGAGGAGCGAACAUGUUGCCACUCUUCAGAAGAAGGAGGAAGAGAUGAGACAGAUGUUUGUUGUUAGAGUGAAGGAAAAGGAGUCUGAAUUGAAGGAAUCAGAGAAAGAGUUGCAUGCCAAGUUUGACAGCCUAAAGAAGCAACAUGCAGAUGAAAAAAAGAAACUGGAAGAGAAAAAGAAAGCCAUGGAUGAUGAGUACAACUUGUUCCAGAAGCGGAAGGCUGCCACCAUUGCCUCACAGCAGGCAGCUCAGCAGGCAGCACAGGCAGCCACUCUCAGUGGAAAGGGAAAGAAGAAAUAGGUGGCAGCACAUGCUAAUGAGAUUAGGCGUGGAUGAAGAGGGAAAGUUUUAUAGCUGGUCAGAAACUUUGAUAGGACCAUUGAAUCUUAGGAAGAGGAAAUAAGAGCUGGCUGAUCAAGAGUUUUGGAUGGAGUCGUACUGUGCUAUUAGUUAACUAACAGACUAGCUUAUAUUCUAUGACUUUACAAAGUUAUACUUUGUCAAACAGUAUAGUAUUUAAUGUUUCCUGAGAAGCUCCAGUUAUUGCUGUGAUGCUUCAUUGUGCUGUCAUCUCAUUUGUGUUUUGUAGUAUUGCCCGUCUUAUUUCUGUGCUUACAGCUAUGAUAUUUGUAUUAAGAAAAUAUCUAUUUUACCCACCAGAUCAGCAGUUCCAAGAUGAACAGUAUUACAUUUUGUAGAAUGUAACAAUUUUGUGUUGUAUUUAUGGCUGAAUAUAGUGUAAAUCUUUUUUUACUUCAAUGUAGAACUUUGAUGCUGCUGACUUAGAUGAGCUUCUGUAGAUGAAGUUGUUGAGUAAUCGGAUAGUAAGUAGAUUACUAGUAUGUUUGCAAAGAAUCAACUGUAAGUUACUAAUAUUUUUCCUAGGUCACAGAAGUAAGUCUUCGUGUUAAAAUGACUCUUUUGCCAUUAAAAAUACUUUCGGUUAAGAGAGGAUCAAACUCUAUUGGAAUCCUAUUAAACAUCACUGCAUGCACAUGAUGAACAUGAAGUGAAGAAAUUGCAUAUUUUGAAUCAUUUUUAGGAACAGACAUAAUUACAGACCAGAUGUAUUUAUGAAGUGAAUUCUUUUUUUCAAACUUUUUGAAGCUGUGCUAUAUUACAUGAUGUUGAAAUUUUUAUGAAGCAUAGUUAUUUUUCUUAUCCUAUGUUCUAUAUUUAUAUGUAUGUGGGCUUCCAUCCAGAAUUGAUCUUCUAAAAAUGAAGUACUUACAUGUAAUUCUGUUCUUGGGUUAAGAGAAACGUUUGACGUAAUUUCAAGUGUUUCUGAGCCCCUGGAGAAGUGUGAAAAGGUAUUUAGUUUUAGAGUAGAUUUUUACUUCUUAUUAUACAGUUAACUUUGUGUAUACCAGUGUUUAGAGUGCUUUAUGCAUGCUACAGCUGUGAGACAACAGGAACAACCAGUUCCUGAUCUAUACAGAUCGGACAUCCACAACUAUUGUAAUAGCAUCAACAGCAUUAAAGCCUGUAUUCAACAGUC